ACCUUAAAGUGGAUCAAAGGAGAACUGAUUGGGAGGGGUACACACGGUCGCGUUUACAUUGCGCUGAAUUCAUCGACAGGGGAGAUGUUUGCAGUGAAACAAGUAGAACGUCCGCAAACUCCCAGCGACAAAAACGACCUCCGCCAGGUGGCGGUGGUUCAAGCGUUAGAGCUUGAAAUCGAAACUUUGAAGAAUCUUGACCAUCCGAACAUUGUACAAUACCUUGGCUUCGAGGAGACACCCGCAAACUUGAACAUCUUCCUCGAAUACGUCCCUGGCGGUUCUAUUGGAAAAUGUUUAGACAAACAUGGCAAGUUUGCUGAAUCCGUCACCAAGUCAUUCACGGCCCAAAUCUUGAGUGGCCUGGAAUAUCUACAUUCAAAGGGGAUCCUCCACCGAAAUCUGAAAGCACACAAUAUCCUCGUCGAAAUGUCAGGAAAAUGCAAGAUAUCUAGCUUCGGAAUAUCAAAGCAAACAGACGAUCUUCACGGGGAGGCGUUUACGCCUAUGCAGGGAACGGUAUUUUGGAUGGCUCCAGAGGUCAUCAGCCCCCAGAAGAAGGGGUAUGAUUUCAAGACUGAUAUCUGGAGUGUUGGCUGUGUUGUGUUGGAGAUGUGGGCCGGUAUGCGGCCCUGGAUGGGAGAAGAAAUGGUAGCUGUAUUGUUUAAAUUGUAUCAAGCCAAACUCCCGCCGCCAAUACCCAAAGAUCUCAUCCUAUCGGAGCUUGCAGAUGACUUUAGACGAAAAUGUUUUGCGAUAAAUCCUGAGGAGCGUCCAAGUGCUGCUGAACUCGGGAAGCAUCCUUAUCUCGUACUCCCGGCAGACUGGAAGUUCACGGGAUUUACAUGAUAUUUACUAGCUCUCGAUGACCACACGUACAUCUUCGUUUUCACUUUUCUUAGAUCUAACUGCAACUUCCAUCGGUUCUUGCUUCCCCACAUACCCUAUGUUUUCCAUACCACAUAUCAAUUUUUGGGCCACAC